AGAGACGCACCCCCUGUGUGUCACUAAGCUAUUUUUAAUGUGGCCUGUGAAACCAGUCCGAUUUAGCCGCUGUGAGCUUGCGUUGACUUUCUUUGCCUCAGAACACAGGAGGAGUUCACUUGUAGCUGACAAGGAAACAGAAAAGGCUCAUCUGCGGACAACAAUGCAUCAUCAUCGACUUCUCCUCCCGCAAGUGCUUCUGAUGUUUUGGCAUUGCCUCGACGAUGCGGCCGCCCUUACCUGUCCAGAAGUCCACAAGAUGGUCGGCGACACCGUCCUGCUGCAAUCCUGCCAAGUCCACUCAGGGAAAAUAGAAGAGGCUUACUGGAAACAUGAUGAUACCAGAAUUAUCAACAGGGACAAAACAUAUGAGGUUCCGCCUCAGUUCUCAGGUCGGAUUGAACUCAACCAAAACCUGAGUUUGACUGUGAGGAAUCUAAGAGUUCAGGACACUGGUGUUUUCAGUUUUGUUUUGCAACUAGAACGCUCACAGCUGCCCACUAUUCAGAUCAGCCUACAAGUUCACGCACAUAUAGAAUAUCUCAUCUGUUUCUUUGAACCAGAGAAGAUUGCUGAGCCCACACUGACUCAAAACAUCACCUGGCUCCAAUGGAACAGCUCCUGUAUGGUUUGGCUGGACUGCAGCUCACGUUCAACCGUGUCCAUCAUCUCGACAGUCGGGAACUUCUCUCGAGGUGGCAGGAGACUGCGGCGAGUGAUCCUGCCCGAGGAUGGAGACGUGACGUUAACCUGCACUGCUUUUAAUCCUGUCAGUCAGAAGUCGGUUUCUGCAUCAGUGAGGUGCAAAAACGACACAGCGUCCAGUCAGCUCAAAACAGGUAGACAUGUUGAUUCCUGUAAUCGUGGCUGGCUGUUCAACCGUCAUACUUGUGGUAGUGACCGUCAGUGUCAGUGUCCACUGGUGUAAAAAGCAGCGAGCAGGUAAUAAAGAGCAUGAAAACCUCUCUGUGUACGCAGUCAUCCCUGGGCCUCAGGAAGUGAGUGCCGGCUCAUAGACAUUUCAUGGCUUAUUUCCAAUCAUCGUCCACUGAUCUGUGGGCCACCUGCGAUGUUGUUUGACUUCUAGGUGAGACCAGCUGAUGCGGAGGAAAUGACAUUUUAUGAGACGAUUCAUGACAUAGGGAACUCAGUGCAAACUGGGGUAAGAGAGGGUGAACUUUCAUGACCUUGCUGUGCCUGUCGUUUUUGUCCACAGUGAGUCGACCCAGACCACGAAGAGCCAAGCGAAACCCAUAACCCAGUAAAAGAGUAAAUUCCUCCUUGACUGAGGUCCAGCUUCAACAUCCCUUUAAUGUUGCCACGAGUAUAUGACAUGUACUGCCACAGCAAGUGCAUGCAAGCGAUUGGUUCGCUGCUUGUACGGAUACCAUAUUCACCUCUUACGGAUUUAAAGUCUUUAAACAGGUGUAAGGUAUAAACCACGAUCAGUUCGUACACCUUUAAAGAAAACCACCUCACAACGUCCUCUGUUUUUAUUUAUAUUUUUGCUUUUUUUGCUGUCAAAGUCGGUCAGAAACGAUGGAUUCAUGAUCCUCUGUGUGGUUUAAGUGCCUCACGGCGCAUGGCACCCUGCUGUGGAAUAUUGCGGUACUACAAGCAACUGCUUUUAUUUACAAAUCUCAAAACAAGGUUAUUUUCGUUAAGAAAUCAGUCACAGAGAGGAAACCUGAUUUUAAAGCUACGAAGCCCUGGAAUUGACAUGCAUGUGUUUAUUUUUUGGAUCUGACAUGCAUGACUUUAUUUAUUUAUUUAUUUUAUCUUGAGACAACAGUUAUCUCGAGAUACAUUUUAUCUCGUGAUAAUUUGUAUCUCGAGGUCAUCUUCAUCUCGGGAUUAAAAAAAAAUUAAGUCAUGCAUGUCAGAUCCAGGGACGCGUAAUAUGUAUAGCUUAGCCACAUAUGGUAAUAUUUUGAGUGAAAGGCACUUGAUCAGAGUGUUAAAAGCGCACAGACUUGCAGACAGUGACUGACAACGUUGGCGAACGGUUACGAAGCCAUGGGAGACAUAAUGGUUACAGUGGAGGAUAUAUACAAAACGCUUUGCCAGAGAGGCAGUUCCGCAUGCGCUGACAUUUACAGUUGUAACUUAAGAUAAAAAUGAGUCAUGCAUGCCACAUCCAAAAAAAAAAAAAAAAAUGACCACGUGCAUGCCAGUUCCACGGCUCUGCAGUUUCCUUUACCACGCACCACGCAGCGGAUGUGGUUUCUUCUGGUAUGACUUUGUGUGAUCUGGUUUAUUAAUCUAAUUGACAACAAAGCCAGAGAUGGCGCUGCAUUUUCUCCAAGGUUGAGUUAUAAAGGUCUUUUCUGCAUUGUAGCCUCCGACGGUGUACUACAAGGUCCAUUUUGGUCGUCCCAGGGUCGACUCCACGUCCCCCUACCAAGAAGUUGCAUAAGCUAUUCUGGCCCACGACAAGAUCCCUGAUGAAGAACCACCACUUCAAAAUGUUCAUGUUUUAAUGUUUACUUA